CCUCCAUCGAAAACCCUAGUCCAUUUCCCUGUCUCCUUCGCCGCUGCGUCUCCUUCUGCUUUUCUCCUCCGUUACAGAAUACCAAAUCAGGAAAAUGAGUAAAGGAAGCGGUGGUGCCGCCCUCAAGGGAGGGAAGAAGAAAGGAUCGACGUUCGUGAUUGAUUGUUCGAAGCCGGUGGAGGAUAAGAUCAUGGACAUUUCCUCACUGGAAAAGUACCUUCAAGAGCGUAUCAAGGUCGGCGGGAAGGCCGGCGCUCUUGGAGAUUCCGUCACCGUUGCUCGUGAUAAGACUAAGAUUACAGUCACCACUGAGUCCAGCUUCUCCAAGAGGUAUUUGAAGUACUUGACAAAGAAGUACCUAAAGAAGAACAAUGUGCGUGAUUGGCUCCGGGUGAUUGCUUCCAACAAGGAUCGGAGUGUGUAUGAGUUGAGAUACUUCAACAUUGCUGAAAAUGAAGCUGAGGAAGAAGAUUGAUUAGGAGGAUAGAUCAUUUAUCCAAGAGUCAGCCUUGUCAAUUUGCGUAGUCUGUAGCUUUACUCUGGCUAUUGUUUCUUUCAGUGACAAUAUUUUCGAGUUACGUAUGUGAAAUUUGAAAUCCUGCAAAUUUUGUUCUUUCCCCUUUGGGAAACCUGAAUGAGAGACACAAUCAUAUCAGAUUAGAAACUGUACUGAAAUUGGUUUUUGCAAAGCUCACACUCGUAUGCACUUAUGUUGAUAACAUUACUGAUGUCUAGAUCA